AGGCGACAAGAAUCUCUCACAAGACAGACAGACAGCCAGCCACGCACCUCUCCUCCGUAGGCCGUACCUCACCACACUUGCUACCUCCUCCUUCCUUCCUCUGCCUUCCCUCCGCGCGAGGAGAAAAGCAACUCAGCGGCGCACGGCAAGGCAAAGCAAACCAAGACCUCGCGUCGCUGCCGUGCCGUGCCUAUACCUUCGCCUUCGCCACGACGAACCUGACCUGAGAGCGCGGCGACCACCCCGGCCCACCGUCGCGUUUAUUUUACCCGCGACAGCCGGGCGCGCGGAAGAUGGAGAUGGCGGGGGCGGCCGAGGCGGACACGCCGUCCAAGGAACCCGUGCGGACGGGGCGGAGCAACACCAUCCUGCUACCCAUCGUCGGCAUCCUCUUCGCCUACCUCCUCUACCGCUUCCUCCGCCCGCGCCUCCGGGGUCUGCGCCUCGACCGCCACGUCCCGUCGUGGGUCCGCAUGCCCGCCUGGCUCCGCCGCCGCGCGCCCAUCAGCGGGAGCACCGUGCUGCCCUACUUCGCGCCCAUCGCCGACCGCCUCGGCGCGCUCCCUUACCUCGGCCCCUUCGCCGACCGCCUCGGCGUCGGCCCGCACCACCAGGGCACCGCCCAGGCGCUCGUCAAGUUCCCCGGCGGGGAGGCGCUGUCGGUGGCCGCCAUCCUCGAGGCGCCAGGGGAGGUGGUCGCCAAGUCCGCGCACAGCACGCUGUACCGCGCCGCCAUGCGAUCCGGGGAGGCCGCCGUGCUGCUCCGCUUCGUGCGCCCCGCCUGCGCCGUCGGAGCAGAGGAGGCAUACGCCGCCGCGCGACGGAUCGGCGCCGUCAGCCACCCCAACCUCGUGCCGCUCCGCGCGGUGUACGUCGGCCCGAGAGGCGAGAAGCUGCUCGUCCACCCUUUCUACGCCGCCGGCUCGCUCCACCGCUUCUUGCAAGAGGGAAUCGUGGAGUCGCACAGAUGGAACAUAGUUUGCAACCUUUCUCUUGGCAUUGCCAAGGGACUGGAUCACCUGCACACAGGCUUAGACAAGCCGAUGGUCCAUGGCAACCUCAAGACAAGCAACGUUCUUCUCGACGCCAGCUACGAGUGCAAGUUAUCGGACUACAGCCUCUACGUCCUGCUGAACCCCGCCGCCGCGCAGGAGAUGCUGGAGGCCUCGGCGGCGCAGGGGUACAAGGCGCCCGAGCUGAUCAAGAUGCGGGACGCCACGCGCGAGAGCGACGUCUACAGCCUCGGAGUGGUGCUGCUCGAGCUGCUGGCGCAGAAGGAGUCAUCAUCCGAUGACGGGCGGCCGAACCCGCGGGACAUCCUCCUCCCGGCCUCCUUCAAGAACCUGGUCCUGGAGCGGAAGAUCUCCGACGCGUUCAGCUCUGACCUCGCCAGGCACUGCAAGAGGUCCGGGAAGGAGAAGAACCUGAACGCGUUCUUCGAGCUCGCCACGGCCUGCUGUUCCCCGUCGCCGUCGUUGAGACCCAACACGAGGCAGAUUCUCAAGAGGCUCGAGGAGAUCGCGAGAUGAAUGGAUGGAUGAGUAGGUCUGGCAACUUGCUACUUAAUCAGCAUUGCUAUCUAUUGCAGCAUACCGUCGAUCUGAGAAGUGGGAAGCGUACGUCCUGCCCGAGCUAAAUGAACAACGUGUUUUGUGGUGGGCGGUUGGGGAAUGGGAUGCAUGUUUUCACAUCCAGUCCAGGAUUAGGAAUCUGUACUGUACAGUUUCACCGAGAUGCAGAGGUGGUGGUCAUCUGAAAACAUACAGGAUGUGCUUUCGGUGCAUGAGCAGCAGUACUAGACUGUGUUUCUUUGUGUUUUUAUUUUAUCCUGAAAGUGGAGAUGUACAAUCGUAGAGUACCUGAAGAGUUGUAAAAGACUGCUAGUGAGAAGGGUACGUGUUGUAUUUCCAUACAUUCAGAGAAAUUCUCCAUGUGGUGGAAUGUUCUCUACUUCUCUUUCAGACGCGUAUAACAAUGGUAUUUGUCA